CCUUGAAACAGUACGUGCCUGUGAUGGAUGGGAAUGCAGAGGAGGUGACGACAGUCCUGACUCAGUCCUCGAUGAGAGCUUACCUUUGAAGCCCUAGGCCCUGCCUGAACCCUUCGGUCUCCUUUGUACUCAAGUUGUAAGUUAUCUGUGCCAAAAUGACUCUGCAGGAAUGAGUCAGCAUCUUCCUUCAGACCUUCAGUGUCUGCGGGUAGGGAAGUUUUUUUUACAGCCAUGUUGCUGAAGAUCACUUUGUCUUCUGGAAGCAGAAACUCAAAGAACAGAUGAAUCCCUUCAGCCAGACAUUCCUCCAGUAGAUCUUUCCCCUCAUGGAACACCCAGGCAGGGAGGAGAUGGACUUGAAAGAGGAAAAUCCUCAGGUCUGGACUGAGUCUGCAGCACAGGAACAGAACACUGCUCAGGUGCGCUUUGUCCCCGAGGGGGGGGCAGUGGCCCAGAUCAUGUACAGUGACGAGCAGGAGCGUGGCCCCGCACAGCAGGUGGUUUACACAGCUGAUGGCACCUCCUACACCUCUGUGGACACCUCGGAGCACACCCUCGUUUACAUCCACCCCGUGGAAGCUACGCAGACUCUGUUUACAGAUCCAUCCCAAGUGGCUUACGUCCAACAGGAUGCUACCACCCAGCAGGUAACUGUGCUCUUGCCUGCUGCUGCUCAGAGCAUGAAUCCCACCAACCUCUCUGUGCUCGGCAGCAUUGCUGACCCCCCCCAGCCAGUGGCUCUGGAGCAGGGGCCACAAGCAGAUAGAGCAUCGUUACCGGUGCAUAACCAGGUAUUACCUCCCAUGGAGGCUGUGGAUGGUUCUGAUCCUUUAGCACCUCUGCAGAAUCAAAUGGAAAGGAUAGAAACAAAAGAAGAAGAUGAUGAAGAUGAAGAUGAGGAUGAAGAUGGGGAAGACACUGACAUGGAUGAAUGGGAUCCAGACCCACCUCGUCCCUUUGAUCCCAAUGAUUUAUGGUGUGAAGAGUGUAAUAACGCACAUCCCUCAGUGUGUCCGAAACAUGGACCUUUGCAUCCCAUCCCAAACCGGCCUGUGCUGACCAGGGCGAGGGCCAGCCUUCCCCUGGUGCUCUAUAUAGACAGGUUUUUGGGAGGUGUGUUCUCCAAAAGGCGUAUCCCAAAGCGUACACAGUUUGGGCCUGUGGAAGGACCCCUGGUCAGACAGACUGAGCUCAAAGACUGCUAUAUCCAUUUGAAGGUUUCUCUUGAUAAGGGUGACAGAAAAGACAGAGACUUGCAAGAGGACCUGUGGUUUGAACUCUCCAGUGAGGCUCUGUGUAACUGGAUGAUGUUUGUGCGUCCAGCUCAAAACCACCUGGAGCAGAACCUGGUGGCCUAUCAGUACGGCCACCACAUUUAUUACACCACCAUUAAAAACGUGGAGCCCAAGCAGGAACUCAAGGUGUGGUAUGCUGCCUCCUACGCCGAGUUUGUGAACCAGAAGAUCCAUGACAUAACUGAGGAGGAAAGGAAGGUGCUCAGGGAGCAGGAAAAGAACUGGCCGUGUUAUGAGUGCAAUCGACGUUUCAUGAGCUCGGAGCAGCUCCAGCAGCACCUCAACUCCCAUGAUGAGAAGCUGGACUUCUUCAGCAGAGCCAGAGGCCGAGGUCGUGGGCGAGGAAAGAGGAGAUUUGGACCCGGCAGACGCCCCGGGCGCCCUCCCAAAUUCAUGCGCAUGGAAGUAUCCAGUGAAAAUGGUGAAAAGUGUGACGAGGGGACACAGGACUUGCUGCAUUUUUCCAGCAAGGGGCAGUUUGAUGAGGCUGGACAAGCCCCAUUGAAUGGGCUGGAGCAGCGGGAGCAGACUCCGGUGCCACCAGAGCCUCAGGCAGCACUGGAGCAGCAGGAAAACCACGUGCUCAACAUACAGCCACAGCACGAGGGGAGCACAGUGCCCACACAGAGCACCAUGACAGCAGAUGACAUGAGGCGAGCAAAGCGCAUCAGGCUGGAGCUGCAGAAUGCAGCUCUGCAGCACCUGUUCAUCCGGAAAUCCUUCCGCCCGUUCAAAUGCCUGCAGUGUGGGAAGGCCUUCCGGGAGAAGGACAAGCUGGACCAGCACCUGCGGUUCCAUGGGCGGGAAGGGAACUGCCCUUUGACCUGUGACAUCUGCAACAAGGGCUUCAUCAACAGCAGUGCCCUUGAGAGCCACAUGAAAUUCCACAUGGACCAGAAAACAUACUCCUGCAUUUUCUGCCCCGAGUCCUUUGACCGCUUGGAUCUGCUUAAGGAUCAUGUGGCCAUCCAUGUCAAUGAUGGCUAUUUCACCUGCCCCACCUGCAAGAAACGCUUCCCAGAUUUUAUCCAGGUCAAGAAACAUGUGCGCAGUUUCCAUUCUGAGAAGAUUUACCAGUGUACAGAGUGUGACAAGGCUUUCUGCCGCCCCGACAAGCUGCGACUCCACAUGCUGCGGCACUCGGACCGCAAAGACUUCCUGUGCUCCACUUGUGGCAAGCAGUUCAAGAGGAAGGACAAGCUGCGAGAGCACAUGCAGAGGAUGCACAACCCAGAGAGGGAGGCCAAGAAGGCUGAUCGGAUCAGCCGCUCCAAAACCUUCAAGCCCCGGAUCGCAUCCACUGACUAUGAGAGCUUCAUGUUCAAGUGCCGCCUCUGCAUGAUGGGCUUCCGCCGCAGGGGCAUGUUGGUGAAUCAUUUAUCAAAGAGACAUCCAGACAUGAAAAUAGAAGAGGUGCCAGAGCUCACGUUGCCCAUCAUAAAACCCAACAGAGAUUACUUCUGUCAAUACUGCGAUAAGGUGUACAAGAGUGCCAGCAAACGCAAAGCACACAUCCUGAAAAACCAUCCUGGUGCCGAGCUACCUCCAAGCAUCCGGAAACUGCGUCCUGCAGGCCCAGGAGAGCCAGAUCCCAUGCUGAGUACCCACACCCAGCUGACAGGCACCAUUGCCACCCCUCCAGUGUGCUGCCCUCACUGCUCCAAGCAAUACAGCAGUAAGACGAAGAUGGUGCAGCACAUCCGCAAGAAGCACCCAGAGUUUGCUCAGCUCCCGAACACAAUCCAUGCACCACUGGCGACGGCCGUCAUCAGUUCCACGCCAGCUGUUCUCACCACCGACAGCACAACUGGAGAAACUGUUGUGACAACAGAUUUACUGACCCAAGCAAUGACAGAGAUAUCCCAGACCCUCACUACAGACUACCGGACUCCCCAGGGAGAUUACCAGCGCAUCCAGUACAUCCCUGUGUCUCAAUCCACAACUGGCUUGCAGCAGCCUCAGCACAUACAGCUGCAGGUUGUUCAAGUGGCCCAGGCUACCUCACCUCACCAGUCCCAACACUCCACAGUGGAUGUUGGGCAGCUCCAUGACUCCCAGACUUACACCCAACACGCCAUCCAGGUGCAGCACAUCCAGGUCACAGAGCCAUCACCAGCAACUCAGUCAUCAUCACAGGCUGGGGGUCAGCCUUUGAGUCCCUCCUCGCAACCACCUCAGCAGGAACUCAGGCCCUCACAGAUGCAGACAGCUCCAUCGACACCAAGCCAAGCCCUCCAGCAGCAGCAAGGCUCCUCAGUCCAGCACACAUAUCUCCCCAGCAACUGGAACUCAUUUCGGAGCUACUCAUCAGAGAUUCAGAUGAUGACCAUCCCCCAAGGGCAGUAUGUAAUCACAGAGACAGCUGUGGGUACCCCAGUCACCCCUGUCAACACAGGGCAAGUGAAAGCAGUUACUCAGACUCACUACGUGAUAUCUGAAGGUCAGCCUGAUCUGGAUGGUAAACAAAACUCCUCACUGUCCAGCGAGGUUCAGGUGGGUGUUUCCCAGCCCACAGCCCACACGGAUCCCUUGGAAUCCCAGACGAGCAACCAGCAGCAAACCACCCAGUACAUCAUCACAACCACUACCAACGGCAGUGGCGGGAGCGAAGUGCACAUCUCCAAACCCAGGACUUUCUCAGCAGAGCAUGAGUGAAAGAGCCUCGUGGUGCCAUUUGCUUGUCCUUGUCACCUCCCUGACAGCCCAGAUGUGGGGGUACCCUGGGGCUCUUUAUGUUUUCAUGUAUAUGCUCACUUACCUUCCACUGACAUCCUGGAGCUCUUGUUAAUGCUUUAAGAGGGCAUAAUUCACAGUGACUAUGAAAUACCCUCAAAAUCCUUCUGGGAUGCUUUUUAUGCAGCUUUUAAGAGAAAGGACAAGAAAAGUGAAGCCUCUGUUGGCCCUGGACUUUAUUUUUGGCAUGUCUGCUGAUCCUUAUUUUUCCUUUUUGGAAGUGUGUCCAGCAAACAAUUUUAUUUCAACUGUAUGGGGAAAAGAAUUGCCUAACUGAAGGCUUCCUGGCAGAUUGUUCUAUGUAUAUUUUUAACAGGAGCCACUAAACAGGAGAACAUCAUGUAAAUUGCUAGAAUAUAGCAGAAUUGCUUCCUGUGGCUUCUAGCGAAGAAGGUGAAGGGGAGUGUCCCUGCACCAUGUGAGCAGACUGCCUGCAGAAGGAAGCAGCAGCAGCCAAGCAGUGGCUUCUGAUGUCCCCUUAUGGGGAUGGAUUGAA